UAACAUUGUCGUCUUUGGAGGUGUAGAUGGAUUCUCCAGGAAGAUUUUGUAUCUGGACACAGCAGCAAACAACAAAGCAUCAACUGCUUUUGGAUUCUUCAUGGAGAGUGUUCAGAGAAAUGGAUGGCCCUCAAGAGUGAGAGCUGAUCAAGGGGUGGAAAAUGUCGACAUUGCCAGGUGUAUGUUUACUGUCCGAGGAACAGGCCGUGGAAGCUUUAUAGCAGGCAAAAGUGUCCAUAACCAGAGAGUGGAACGCUUAUGGAGAGAUGUUUGGAGUUGUGUAACAUCAAACUACUACAAUGCACUACACAGCUUAGAGGAAGACGGCUUCAUUGACCUGUCUAAUGAGAUCCACCUUUUCUGUGUGCAAUAUGUGUUCAUACCUCGUCUGCGGUCAGAUCUACAGCAUUUCAUAGACAGUUGGAACAACCAUCCGAUCAGCACAGAGGCAAACCUUACACCUCAACAGAUGUGGACCAUUGGAAUGCUUCAAGCACCUGUGCCUGAGCCAAACUAUGCAGAGCUUCAGCACAUUGAACAUCAGGAGGAGGUAUCUGAAGACACUGACCAUGGGGUUGUUGUUCCUGAUACUCCAUCCCCCCUGUCUGCAGAGAAUCUUGCUCUGCUGCAACAUGAAGUGAAUCCUAACUCUGACUCCUUAUCCUUUGGCCGGGACAUAUAUCUGCGUGCUCUUCAUUUUGCAAUGACCCAUGUGUAAAUGGACAGAGACUACUCAGACACCACUCAGCUUUGAAUGAAGCCAUAACACGCCUGGGGCUUCCUGAUGGAUAACUACGUCACCUUACUGAUUACCCCCUGGGGCUUGCUCUUUGUCCAUAACUCCACCAUUGUCUGGUCCCUGCCUUCC